CCACGCGUCUCCUCGGGCAGCCCGGUCCUCGCGCGCCAGGGUGCCGUGCCCGGUGCCCCGGGAAGCGGCGGCGCCCAGGCACGGACUCGGGGGUGCCCCCGUCGCCCCGCGGCUCCCGGACGGCCGCUCGGGGGGGCGCGAGCCCCGCCCUGCACGGACGGCGCGGCGGAGAGCCGGGACGGCCGCCGCGCUCCCGAGCCCCGAGGCUGCGGCGUGGGCGCCGUCCCGGUGGCGGGGAGCGCGCGGCGGCGGGGACAUGAGGUCGGAGAGAUCCCUGACGCUGGCGGCGCCGGGCGAGGUCCGGGGGCCGGAGGGCGAGCAGCAGGACGCGGGGGCCUUCCCGGAGGCCGCGGCGGGCGGGGGCUGCUGCAGCAGCGAGCGCCUGGUGAUCAACAUCUCCGGGCUGCGCUUCGAGACCCAACUGCGCACCCUGUCGCUGUUCCCCGACACGCUGCUGGGGGACCCGGGCCGCAGAGUCCGCUUCUUCGACCCCCUGAGGAACGAGUACUUCUUCGACCGCAACCGGCCCAGCUUCGACGCCAUCCUCUACUACUACCAGUCCGGGGGCCGCCUGCGCAGGCCGGUCAACGUGCCCCUGGACAUCUUCCUGGAGGAGAUCCGCUUCUACCAGCUGGGGGACGAGGCCCUGGCGGCCUUCCGGGAGGACGAGGGCUGCCUGCCUGAAGGGGGCGAGGACGAGAAGCCGCUGCCCUCCCAGCCCUUCCAGCGCCAGGUCUGGCUUCUCUUCGAGUACCCUGAGAGCUCAGGCCCCGCCAGGGGCAUCGCCAUCGUCUCCGUGUUGGUCAUUCUCAUCUCCAUCGUCAUCUUUUGCCUGGAGACCUUGCCCCAGUUCCGUGCAGAUGGUCGAGGGGGGAGCAAUGGUGUGAGCAGGGACUCCCCAAUUUCUAGGGGUAGUCAGGAGGAAGACGAGGAUGAAGAGGAUUCCUAUACCUUUCAUCCUGGCAUCCCCCCGGGGGGCAUGGUGGCAGGGAGCUCAUCCUCACUAAGUACUCUUGGGGGCUCUUUCUUUACUGACCCCUUCUUUCUGGUGGAGACCCUGUGCAUAGUUUGGUUCACCUUCGAGCUCCUGGUUCGCUUCUCUGCCUGCCCCAGCAAGCCAGCCUUCUUCCGCAACAUCAUGAACAUCAUUGACUUGGUGGCCAUCUUCCCCUACUUCAUCACCCUGGGCACCGAGCUGGUGCAGCAGCAGGAGCAGCAGCAGUCAGCCAGUGGAGGGGGUGGCCAGAACGGGCAGCAGGCCAUGUCCCUGGCCAUCCUCAGAGUGAUCCGCCUGGUCCGGGUGUUCCGCAUCUUCAAGCUCUCCCGCCACUCCAAGGGGCUGCAGAUCCUGGGCAAGACCUUGCAGGCCUCCAUGAGGGAGCUGGGCCUGCUCAUCUUCUUCCUCUUCAUCGGAGUCAUCCUCUUCUCCAGUGCCGUCUACUUCGCAGAGGCUGAUGAUGAUGAUUCACUCUUUCCCAGCAUCCCGGACGCCUUCUGGUGGGCAGUAGUUACAAUGACCACGGUAGGUUAUGGAGACAUGUACCCCAUGACAGUGGGGGGCAAGAUCGUGGGCUCGCUGUGUGCCAUCGCCGGGGUCCUCACCAUCGCCCUGCCUGUGCCCGUCAUUGUCUCCAACUUCAACUACUUCUACCACCGGGAGACAGAGCAGGAGGAGCAAGGCCAGUAUACCCAUGUCACUUGUGGGCAGCCUGCGCCAGACCUGAAGGCAGCUGACAGUGGACUUGGCAAGCCUGAAUUCUCCGAGACCACUCGGGAACGGAGACCCAGCUACCUUCCCCCUCCACAUCGGGCAUAUGCAGAGAAAAGGAUGCUCACAGAGGUUUGACCGAUGCAGGCAGGGAGUUGAAUGAGAAGGGUGACAUUGAGCAAACAGUCUCAGGCUUCCUUCUCAUUCUCCACUCCCCUCAUCUGAGCUCCAGCCAACUUCGUGACCCCCUCCCCUGCACCUGGUCCAGAUACCUGGACUGUCAACCUUGUUGCUUGAUCUGUGCAGCAGCAUUCAAGGUUUAUCCGUCUAAAUGACAUUUUUGAGAUUUUAACGGUGCCACCCAUUCAUGCCCAUCUUCCAUCACGUGGAUGAGAUUUUUGUCAGACCUUCCCUCUUGACUCUGAAGUUUUCAUGUCUAGGGCCAGAGAGAUCAACAGGAUGGAAACCAGGCAUACCUGAGUCCUAUUUCUCUCCUUUGUCCUUUGCUUUGGGGCAUGCACCUGGCCGCUUCUGGCUACGUGGUAACUAGCAGAAGCUGGAGGACAGAAACAGUAUUCACCUUUCUGUUUUAUUCCCCCGGCUUGUAACACCUGCUGGUCGUCCUGUAGAGGACCCCUGGUAAAGCCUUUAGCUGCACAGUCUUCAGAUAAGUUACUCAUCUCGAAUCCUGGAAGGCAUUAGAGAGACUACAAUGAAACUUGGCCAUUUGGAGAAUAUUUAGAGUCAGUCCCUCACCAAAGGGGCCAGUGGAUUUCUCCAGAUGUGUCCUGGCACAGUGGACAUCAGCCUUCGGUCUACAUUCAGUCAUUCCCUCCCGACUGUCUAGCUUCCAGGAAGGUUCCUCCUCCGAGCCAAAUACUCUUUUUGUGCAAGUGCCUUCCUGUGUGGAGCAGCUGGAAAGAGGGAACCACAGAGCCAGGAGCAGUGGCUGGAUAGAGCCAAGCAACUGGCUUGACUGCAUAUCUAAGGAGGGGUAGCACGUAAGCACACAUUGUCACCUGGGACGCGUGCAAAGAGGAACCUUGUUGCAGAUGGGGAAUCUCUCUCCUAUACUUUGCCCCAGCCCUCUCGAGCCCCCUCCACCCUUCUCCCUGGGAAUUUGACUUAGGAUUGCAGUUGAAGGUUUUCCAAAGCAAAUUCCAGCUGAAGCCAGCAGACAGGUAAACGCAUACGUUGGAUGCUAGCGUGGGUUCUUCCCAUUUUAGGAGCAAUGAAAUAGGUUUAGAGUGAGGAAGAAACAUCAUUCCUUUGUUGACAGCCUCACUGGUAGGGUUUGUUUUUUGUUUUUUGUUUUUGUUUUUUUGUUUUUGUUUUUUUGCUGAGUCAAGCACACCUUCACCUGCUCUGCCCCUGGGAGCUGCAGCCGACCUGCUCUCACUGGUAAGGUAAUGUGGCGGUAUCACCGCAGGAUAGAUCAUCUUCUUUUGGCGUGAAACUGUUGCCUUCAUCCCACCUGCCCAUUCCCCCUCAUUUCUCUCCUGGUAAUGCUGUCAUUUGUUUGUUGCCUUGAAAAAACUGUGAUGUACUGUUCUGAGCUCUUCUGGGUGCAGUUCGGAAACCGAAAGGACUGUUAACAUGUUCUUAAUUUUAUAUCUAUGCUUUAAGACUCUUCGAUGAGAAUUUUAAAAAAAAUUUUCUCAAAGAGCCACUUAUGAAGGAUGGCCUUUUGAGGGUUUUCUUGAGAGACACUGUGGCUCCUGUGGGUGCCAGAUGUAAAUCUGGAUUUUGCCACAGCCUGACAGGGUAACCUGGGUGCCACAGUUCCUCUCUAUGCCUCAGUUUCUCCACCCAUUCAAUGGGAACAUUAACGUCCUCCCCUCCCUACCUCAUGGGGAAUGUCAAUGAACUCAUCUGGGAAGCUGGUGAUAAUGCUAUGCAAAUGUGUAAGGGACUUGAAUUUUUAGUUCAUUAGCCUAUUUUCCUAUCUCCCAGAGGCAAAACCUCCUUCCUCACAGAGUUCCUGCUUUGAAUCCAAAGCCCAAGAGUAGACUAUACUGGGUUAUUAGCUCCUUACAUCCCUGCUUAGCCUCUUGAGCCGGGCCUCAGUCUCUCUUCUUACCCUUCAACAAGGAGGAUGCUCUUUAGACAGGUUCAGUGGGAUCCUCUCAGGGCCAGAGGCUGCCGUGAUUGGGAGCUUGGCUUCUCCAAACCUGAAAUACAGAUAAGAGGAGUUCAUGAUUUGGAAAUCUGCUCCGAGGCCAUAAAGUUCUGGUUUUCCAAAAUUCCUUUAGUUACUUCUGGCUAUUUCGGAGAAGGGAGAAGGGCCCACUACAGAGGCAAUGGGGGGAUGCUUCCAGUGAGGGUAAAUGUUGGAACAUGUAUGCAUGUAUCUCUAUAUGUGUGUAUGUGAUCAUCGUCAUCACCAUCCCUAAUAAAACAUUCCCUUUUCAAGUCAGAGCAUGCCCAAAAGUAAAGGGUUUGUGGAGAGCUGGGCUCUCCAGGGACUCUGGUUGCCAUAGCAACCUUCCAGACUGUUCUCUCUAUCUUCUGAUUUGGGCAGCAAGGGAGAACAGGAGACUACAUACAUACUCCCAGCUUCUGAAAUGGGAACACCUCCUACAUAGUGGUUUAGGGGCUGUUAAUGACCGGCGAGAUGUGUGACCUUUGGAAAAUGAGGGGGGAAGCAGCUCCCCCAAACUUUCUCCCUGGACCUUUCUUCCUGGUUUCCCCACCUAGUCAUUGAAGCUGCCUCAUCUCACUCCUGAAUUCUUCAGAAAUUUGAAUGCUAAGCAACUGCCAGUUAAACCAAUGUCAAUAUUAUCUUUUUUUCAAAAUGGCAAGGGAAGACUUGGAGGGGACACGCUCCUCAAGAGGCAGCCAGGCUGGGCCUCGCCAAGAGUCCUGACAGUGAUAGUCUGUGAUACUAUGGAGCUGUCAUCUCUUCAGAGAGAGGCUCCUCCCUGCUCUCAGGGAGACUGAGAGAAAUGACACUUCCUCCUCCUGGGGAAUUAUCUAGCUCUGAUCCUAGCAAUCUCAUAGGUGGCUCUUCUCAAGACAUCGAAGAAACACAGAGAGGCUGUGACCUGACCUGGUUUCUGUGAAGGAUUUUGCCAAGCCAUCCCUCUCUGACUUUGAGCUUCUUUGUGUGGAUUUUGUGCCCCGAGCAUCGAAAGAAGACGCACCCUGUGCUGCCGAGAUAGCCGGGGUGACGAUUUUGCAGCUGCCAGCAAAGGCAGGGGUCAGGCCUCUGUUACACCUGAUUCUCCGGCAUGAGCUCCCAAAUGCCUCCCUGGAUCUGUCAGACUCGGCUGAGACGUGGGGUAGUCCUCCUGCCUAAUCAUCCCCAAGGAGAGAGGGGGACAGCUGGCCACCUUUGCAUUGGAGAUGGCUGAAGCAACAUUUCCAAGCACCAUGCCCUCAUACCACAGAGUCCAAAGGCAGGAAAGGACAAACCUUUCUAAGAAUAAGGAAACCUCCAGGUGUCUCCCACCAACCUCUCUUAGGCCACACUUAGGACACAUGCUCAUCCUAAUCAAUUUUGUUAAAAAUGGGGAAAAGGCUGGCACAGCAAGGAGACCUACACAUACAUUUCUGGUAGUGGCUGGACAGAGAGGGCCUGGACCCCAACUUCUCAGGAAGACAAGACCCCCUCCUUGGAUCAUGCGGCCUGACAUCUCUCCAGUAGCCUCCCACAAGCAGUCACCAGAAUAGAAAAAGCUGAAACCACACCCACCAACAUUAAAGAUGGGGCUCAGGAUGUUGGGGUGAGGCUGUGGGGGUGAAGGUGAUAGGUGGUGGUAUGGGCAAAAGAGACCAGGUAUGGGGAGGUCAGGGUCAAAGGAUGCCAGAAAGUGCAUGGCUGUGCUACAGACCACCCAGGAAAUGGGUGACCAUGAAGACUAACAAAUAAAUAUAUGGCAAAGUCUCAGAGGCCGUGUGUUUUGCUGCAUGAAGACAUCAACAGCUAAGUUAAGCAGACAAGUCAGGCACUUGUGACAAAAGCAGGUGGGUAUCCAGGGUGUCAGAGCACUUGGGUACCUUUCCAGGUGCCACCCACAGAUGAUCAGAAAAGGUGCUUGAAUACCCUCUGCAUUGACCUCACCAUGGACAGGCAACAUUCUCCAAGAAGGCAACCCAUUCUCUAGGAGUUGUUUGCCUCUUCUGUACACAUGCCAGCGGGCAAAUGUCAGGGUCAGAGCUAUAUUUCCCAUGGCUUUCCCAGGCCUCAGAUGAUGCCAUUGCAGGGUCUCCUAGGAGCAGGAAGGACUUCUUUCUGGUAUGUGACCCACAUUGCUCUUGUCACAGACAGCUUUUCACUCCUAGGCUUUUUCAGAGGAUGGAGAGAGAGACUACUUCUGGAAGGUCUUUCCUUCCUGCCUGCCUAUCUCUCUCUCCAGCUUCCUUCUAGGUGCACUGGAGGGGGAAAUUGUACCUGCUUGUUAUUCUUCCAAGUGAUGAGGCUGAUUCCCGCCCCCCCCCAGGCUUUACUUUCCUAAUGAAGUACGUCUAGGGGUUACAAUUUGCUAUAAUGCCUGGACCCUCCUAGAUAUGUGCUAAAUGUGGGCCUUCAUUACCACACUGGAAGUCUCUAUGUAGGGGACCAUAAUCUUAGCCAUGUGCCCACUUAAUGUCUAGCACAGUACCUGACACACGAUUAUCACUCAUAAUAUGUCUGGUGAAUGAGUAAGGACAUGGGUGAAUGAAUGAGGUGUUGACUCUUGUUAAGACAUAAAGUUAAACUGCUUAUAUAAGAAUCAUCAAGAACUCACACAUUAUUUAUUACAAGUGAGGGAAUUGUCAAGCCACUCUGCAACACACACACAUGUAUGCAAAACAUGCACACACACACACGUGCACACAUCCUUUUCCCUCCUAGGCAUCUCUUCUUAGUAGAGAAACCCUAUAACUGACAUUUCUUGUGAAGGUCUAUUUACCAACC